AUGAAGAAUCGUGUUCCUACGGAUGACGUUCUCCGGCAUUGUGGUAUGGCAGGCCCUUCUAUUUGCAACCUCUGUUUACAUACAGAAGAAAAUAUCAAUCACCUUUUUUUUCUUCAAUGUGAGUAUUCUCGGAGGAUUUGGAAUUGGCUGCACGAUAUGCUUAAUGUUAAUUUUAGCUUUUCAGAUAUGCAGGAUUGUUUCAUUGCAAUGCAUAAAUCUGGUGUUGCGCAAUGUAUGGUGGUGUACCGUGCUUCGAUUAUUGCUGUGGUUAAUGGCAUUUGGCGGGCUCGAAAUUAUGCUCGAUUUCAAAACAGGUUUAUUCCUUGGAGAACUACAUGUUCAUCUAUUUAUGCUACUUCCCAGCUGACUGGAAAUUCUUUCAAAGGAGCAUCUUCUAUGGACAUUGGGGACUUUCAAGUUCUGAAAAAGUUUUCUAUUUCCAUUAAUCCGGUUAAUCCCAAGAUGUUUGUCGAAGUCAUUUGGAAUCCUCUCCCAAAUGGUUGGAUUAAAGUCAACAUUGAUGGAGCAUCAUGCGGUGAUCCAAUAAACGCGACUUGUGGGGGGAUCUUUAGAGAUCACUUCGGGAAUCACAUUGAAAGUUUUGCUUGUAAUUUAGGCUCUGUUAAAUCACUGUUUGCUGAGCUGGUGAGAGCUAUUUUGGCUAUUGAGCAUGCUUUAGUUCGAGGUUGGACAAAUAUUUGGCUAGAAUCGGAUUCAUCUCUUGUUGUGAUGGCGUUCAGUAAACCAUCUGUUGUGCCCUGGAAGAUCAGGAAUAGAUGGGACAACUGUACGGCUACCCUUGGUAAUUGUAAUUUUUUGGCUUCUCAUGUUUUCAGGAAAGGUAACCACUGUGCCGAUAAAUUGGCUAACAUAGGUUUAAAUAUUUCUAACUUUACUUGGUGGAAUGAUGUACAUUGGGAUAUAGAACCAGACUUUUGUAGAAACCGGUUAGGUUUAUCUAAUUUUAGAAUCAGAUAG